AUGGACCCAUUAACGACGCUGCCCACGGAGAUUGUCCUGCGGAUCUUAGAGUUUGCAUCGCCAGACAGCUUGGCCAAGCUCACGCGACUCAAUCAGGCCUGGCACGGCUUCAUUGACGCCGACUAUGCGGACGUGAUAUACGCAGCCAAGGUCGAAGAUGAUAUGUCAACAGGGGCAGCAGUACGCGGAGGCGCCGAGCCAGCCGAUGCCUUCCGGGCCGCAACGUCGUUUGCAAAGUACGGCCACGAGACCGCGUCGUGGAAGGAGGCGUGCCGGCGGCGGAUGCAGCUGGCCCGCAACUGGAACGCCUACCGCCCUACCACGACCGAGUCCAUCAUCCACGUGGACGCGCCCGAGCACUUUGUCUGGCGCUUCAAGCCCGACUUUGCGCGGCGGCUCGUCAUCUCCACGAGCCAGGCCGGCGGCGUCUUUGUCACCGACAUGGACACGGGCGCGGCGCUGUGGUCGCUGCAGGGCGACGGCGAGGUGCGCGGCUACGCCCACCUCGAGUACGAGCCCGACACCGGGACGGCCGUGUGGGACCGCUUCGGCAACACCCUCGAGGUCUGGCGGACGGACCUCGCGGGCCUGCCCAGGGGCCAGUUCCGGCAGGUGGAGCUGCUUCACCACGACGCCGAGACGCGCGGGUUUCAACUGUCCUAUUGCACCCUGUGCGUCGUGUCGACCGACGGGCACGGCUUCGUCUAUAAUGUGCCCCCGGGUGAGGAGAAGCCCACUCUGCGCACCCGUCUCGACAUUCCGCAUGGUGCCGUGGGUCAUCUAGACCAAAAUGAGCGUGCAGUCAUGUAUUCCAUGGGCGCCGAGGGGUACCACUUUUAUGAUAAAACGACGGGCGAGUCCUUGGGCCAGCUGCGGCCGCACCAGGUAGACCCGUUUAAAAUGUACCAUGUCAACCAUCCCACAUCGCCGCGCUCUGAUUUUGCCAUGGUCCGUCGUGAGAUUCUAAGACUCGUCCCUUCAGACGACCAAGACCACGCCCCCUUUCCUCCAAGGACGCCACAACAAGACCGUCUAACGCCCUGCCGAAUCAUUCCUGGGGCACUCAGGUCCGGGCAGCCCAUUCCCGCAGCCGUGCACACCCCGCCGAUAUCAGACGACGAGUGGGGCGCCGGCAUGCUCGACGGAAACACCAUGGUCGGAGUUUCCAGGGGCGGCCGCGUCGUGGUGUGCUCCGACUGGGAGCGGGCCCUGCGCAGCGACGCUGAUCUUGCCGCCGUCACGUCCAUUAUUGAGUGCGAGCCGAGCAAUGGCGCAGAAUUCGACCUGGGUGGCUGGCUGUCGAUAAGCGAGACGGCUGGAGGCAAGCGCGUCCUCUUUGAAAUCAGGAACAAGAUUUACAUCUUGACCCUCGAUGCCAAUGCGGCCAUUACCACGGAGGCUCCCGUCUUGGUGGCUACAACGAGUCUGCCUGACCUUGGCGUGCCAGUUAGCUUCAUGGGCGUGUACGAUGAUUGUAUUAUGAGCACCUUUACUAUGGUAAGACCUACAAUGGAAGAUUCUGCGGGUGUGGACGAACAUGGCGAAAUCAUUCCGACCCUGCGAGUCACUCCCACAAAAAUCAUCAGGGUAUUAAGCUUUGCCCCGGAGAGUUGA